AUGUCACUGGCGAACUAUUUCCUUCUUAUUUCGAUAUUUUUUUAUAUCGGCAGUUUGAAAUUGACAGCAGAUUGCCCGAGAAAAUGCGAACAGAGCAGAGGAAGUAUUAGUAAAACGGGUAUCAAAGAUCGUGCUAUGCAAGGACACAGCUUUAAAAAUUAUACGCUGUCGAAACCGUAUGACUGUCAUGUAAAAUGCUUCGAAGAGAGAUGCAAAUGCCAGGCGUACCAAAUGAGACAAAAUCGAUGCGAGUUGCUGGAUGAUGACAGGAUUUCAGCCCCUGAAGACUUUCUGGAGGAAAAGGAGUAUACGUACUAUGAUAUGAAUAGAGAAUACGUCGACCACCAGGUAACGAAUCAAUCUUGUCAAAUCUUGUCCCGGCUUUGCUAAUGGAAAAAAAAAGGAACGGAGAGUCGUUUUGACGAAUUCUGUCAAGAUUCUUCUUAAUAAGAGUAGCGAUUGCAUUUCGUCUUUAUAUUCAUUUUUAAGUCGUCACUGAACUAGUUCAGUUUAUUAUAAUAAUAAAACGAUAUUCCAGUGUUUUGUAACAGGCUUAAACAUAUCUCAGUUUUAAAAUUCCUCUUUUAAUAAUUAAUUUGGUAAUUUAAAGUAUUUUUUCUUAAAUUCCAGCAUCCUCGUUUCGUGAGAGACCCCUUUACGUCUUCUUGUUUGAAAUUGAGAACUUUUGAUUAAACUACCCGUCAUGGUACAUGUUGUUCGAAUCGUGAAAGUUUGGAUGAAUGAACAACAUCUGAAACUCACUUCAAUUAACUCCUCUCUUUCCUUUCUUAUUUCGUGACAUGAGACUGACUAUAAAAAACAACACGGAAGGAAAAAAAAAAAAACUUUAUUGAUUAUUCUUUUGCAUGCUUGACGCAUGAACUGAAUUAAAAAGGAGGUACGGGCGCCGAGAUCUUUCCAAACCUGCCUAUAUUGUUGAUAGUUUAUCAAGGAAUUUGGUUCAGUAGACAAAAUACUUUGGAGUUUGCAUGCGAGUGAAAUUUGGCAAGUCUAAAAGCGGAGCUUCCAUUCGAAAAAUGUAAUAAUUUUAAUUAUACACAAUACAAAAGCCGGAGAGGGUCGAGCCAAUAAUAAUAUUAUCGUUAUGAACACUUUUAACAUACUCUCCCGUUGUACUAUAUUAGACAUGUGCAAAGAGGGCUGAUAAAGAGCAACCACUCAUUUACCAGUGCUGUAAUCAGAAUCCAUGCGCCAAUGGAGGCACCUGCACUGUGUUAUGCGAAGACACUAAAAACAAGUUCAACUGCACAUGCGCUGUGGAAUAUUACGGCAGAUUGUGUCAAAAACGAAGAGCAACAUCUUGCAAAGAGCAGCUGCAGAAAAACAGAGGGAGCAGGUCCAGAGUCUAUCAACUGUUUGACUCAAAGACUAUAUCCUUGUACGAGGUCUUCUGUGAUGCUAAUUCUGAAAAAGGAUUCGUUUGGACGCUUAUCGAAUCUUUCAGCCGUCGCAAUAAAAACGAAUUUGCGAAGAAACCGUUUUACAAGGGCUAUCCGAUAACUCAGGACGCUUUUACAUGGAGCAAGUUUCGGUUAUCAUUGCCACGUAUGAUAGUCACAGCAAACCGCUCAACGCACGUGCGAGCAACGUGCAACUUUAACACUGAAGAACUUCAAUACAGAGAUUACUUCAGGGCCAAGUUAAGCGAAAUCGAUGUUAUGCGCCUGAAUUUUGAUGGAUGCAAAAAAUACGAAUUUAUUAGCAUCCGAGGAUAUAAUUGUACUAAUUGCACCGCUCACUUCGUCCAAAGGGAUUUUUGGCAUGCGCAUACUGAUUCGCAUUGGGCUCCAUCGAUAGCGUGUCAGUUUACCAGCCCAUCCGGAGAUGCCGUGAAGUCAGACGGAGGCGAAGAUAAUUUCGGAUUUUAUAAAGCAGUCAAUCCAGUUCACAGAUGUGUAUCGAAUGAUGAUUCGACCACUCAGUGGUGGUUUGGAGAGCAUUGCUAG